GCGCGCCGCCACAUGCGCCUCCACUGAAUCAACUUUGUAUUGCCGUAAUAGUAUUUUAAUUCUAUUGGCGCGCUUUUGACUGCGGCCCCCUAUAAUAGCUUGUUUGCAAAUUGGAGCCUACACGUUACGACGACGGCGUCGAUUUACCACGAUUUGAUUGAACGAUAUACUUAUUUGGAAACUUGAACACCCUUUAUGGGUUCUUUCCGAUGUACGUUUGCUUAACCGUUUCCUAUGUAUAUCGCAGCAAACAUAAUUACCUCCGAACAAUCUAAUCUCGUCUCUAUAAUUUAUCCAGAUAAAAUUUCUUAGUCGUGACUGAUAUGUAUAAAUUCAGCUUCUAAUAACUUUGUAAUAGUAAAAAGACAUUAUAGCGAAAAAAAAUGGUAUAAAUUCAAGAAAAAAGGAUCAACAACCUUCUGAACAUAAACAAAAUUCUAUUUCAAUCGAAUGGCAGCAAUACGCUCGACGUCGAUUGGUUCCGCUUUACACAACAAUCGGACAUUGAUUCUAGAAGUUCUCGCUCGUAUUGCCAACAAAUUAGAGCUGUUAUUCACUUUACCGCGAGUAAUGAAUAACUCACUAUUUAAAUAGUACAGUGAUUGAUUCGCGACGUGGAAUGUGUGACAGAACUAAAACAAAUACGUUGAGAGAUUUUAUAGCGAUCGGCAAUAAAAUCGAUUAUCGUGUCGAAUCGCUCGCGACCGAGGGACCGCAGUCGCUCGGGGACAUUUUAAUGAGGGAAUGCCGUGAUGCCGAGUCGAGUAAAACGAACGGGACAUUUGUCUCCCCCGAAUAAUGGAAAAGUGCUGAAAGGAUAUUUAUCAAAACCGGCGAAGCUCUUCGACGGUUUAUUUUAUUUGCGAUAUUUCGACAAUCGUUAACAUUGACAAUAAACGUGUUGGAUUGAGAGAGGUGUAUACUGCACGCGGUUUUAUACGUGAACAAAAGCGGAACGUACGGAUGAUUAUAAAAUACGACAUGAUACGUCGGCUCGUUUGGAAUAGUGAAUAGCUAUCGUGAUGGGUACUUUCUGUGACACAGUAAAUUUGUCGUUAAAUGAUGUCGGCGUGUUGCGUGAUUGUGAUGAGCGUGUUCUUGGAUCGUCGCCAGUUAUGCUACAGACACUUCCACAAACAUUCUAAAGAAAACGUUUUUACGCGACACGAGGUGAUUCACUCCUGUUUCAUUUAUUACCUUGUACCGUUGUCAAACAAAAUAUCGUUUAUUUACUUUUGUUGUUAAGUAAAAUAGAGAUUCGUUUGCCUACCGCAAAACUUUAAAUAACGUUUUAAAUUGUUCAUGCAGUACACUAAAUCAGAAUUGUAAAUGACGUUGGAUUUCCGCCAAUGUUACUUUGUUUCCAACUAUCCGAGUAUUCAUAACUGCCUUAAUCGAAAUAUGCUUUGGUAUCUUAGCUCAGUGUUGCGAGAUGGCGCAUCACACACUGGAAGGAUACAUUUAAACCGGGCUAAAUAUAUGUAAAUCAAAUUAGUUUGGCUACGAAAGUGAAACUCGGAUUAGAAAGUAUUAGUGUUUUAAGGGGAGUAUAAUUGGAUCGUAAUUGUGAUGGAACCGUACGGUCGUGGGAGCACGUGUUGGCGUUGGGAAUUCGUGAUCAGUGAAACGAUAUCGAGUGACCUCAGAGGGUCGCGGGGCGCGCCGGCAGCCGGCCCGGCCGUGUACACGAUAUCCAAGUACACGUUCGUAUUAACAUAGCUAGAGGGCGCUAAUAAACACCUACGACGCUACGCACGUACAAAGCCACUUCGUGCGGACACAAAUUGCUUUUGUUCGGCGAGGAACGUGCUGUGAUGGAACCAGCUAGAAUUAUAGCCCUCUCAUUGUGGCUCGCUGCUGAUGGACUCACAACUUCUCUCGGUUAAUUACUUGUAACUUUUACCUGCUCGAGUGGCAUUAACUUGUUUUGUAGUUGACGUGCCUGAGAAUUGUUUGGCAAUCAUACCGUUGCGCGUUGUUACCAACUUACUAUGUACUUCCUUUGUUCAAUAGUUCAUAUUAUUUUUGAUAUAAAUCUUGAUCAUAUUUCUUCUAUUCUUAACAUACAUUCUGAUCAUUUAUUGAAAGAAUUUUAUGCGGCAAACCUGAAAAAUUAAAUGAGAAUAAUAGAUAACAAUUUCAUAAUUCUCGUUAACCCACUUGAGGAGAUAAUCCCGGAAGGGUCAAACAGAGGUACACAGCGAAAUAGCCUACUGUUCACCAAUGACGAUAUUAGGAGCCUUGUGAUAGGGUGCGAACCUAUCUCUAUUUAUCGAACCCCGACCCAAUCCUCUGCCAUAAUUAAGAAUGUUUAUAACAAAAAAACAAACUAUUGUGCUAUACAUACGCUUACUACGUAUGCUUUGGGCAACUGUGCUAUGGACAUCUGUUAAUUAUUUUCUUCACUAAUUUACCUGUAUCGAUUCAAUAGUGUUAUUAAUCUGCCGCAUUCGAUUAAGUCGGUGAUUACAAAGACCAACUGAAUAAUCAGUGAGAUAUUCUGAAGAUAAGAACGGUCAUUAUCCCUUUUAAGAACUGCUGUAAAACAUGCAAUCUCAGAUAAAAUAUUUUCUAUAUAAAGCUGCGUACAUAUCUAUCUAAUCUUCUUGAAAUAGAAAAAGAAACAAGGUAACAUAUUAUCAAACAUGCGAGCCCGUUUCUUAUUUUACUUUAUCUGUGUCGAGAUAGACAAUAUUUAUGUGUGUUAUCUGUGUGCCGCUGUCGCAUCUAUUAGCUGGGUACAAGGCGAGCAUAAAACUAAAGAGAACGAUUUGGCUUAAUAAUGUCGUUUGUGUUGUGGCUGUGGCUCGCUUGACGCGCGUGGGUGCAUCCAGCGCACGUAUUGCCGUCAAACGAUCGCUUUCUUUCUCAAUAUUUAGACUGGGGGUAUACUGGAAACUUGACGCUUCGAAAUAACACGAAACAGAUACAAACCAUUUGUAGAGGACGUCGUCGACUAGCCAAACGGACAUAAAACGUAAAUGUCUUCUUAAUGUUCACAGCUGAAGUACAGUCGUUUCUUGUAAUAAGCUUUUGUUAUGUGGCCGCUUUUUAUUUUAAUAGCAAGCAAAACUUUCCCACGUAUCGGAUAACAGUUCACUAAGAGUAACCACCAUAAAACGUGCAUAAAAACUAAAGAGCCACUCACAUAAAUAAAGUGAGAUUAAGUUGAGGCGAAUUCGUGAUUAUUCAAGUUCGGUUGCCGAGCGGGGACCACCGACUGUCUCGGAUAAAGGGGCUUCUAACUCGCUCUCGUAUUUCAUUUCACUCAAAAUGGAUUCAGCCUCAGAGGCAAAAAAUAUUUAUAUUAUAUCAAAAGAAAGAUCAAAAGUGUUCGCGAAUAUGAAAGCGAACGACCGCGAACAACUCGAAGGAGUGAGUAGGGGGAACAGGGACCGGUGAGGGAUUUUUAUCGAGUCCCGCAUUCAUGUUAUGAGUUGACUUAUACGAUAUAGCGCCGCGUCGGAAAUAUUGUAAUCUAACAUGAAUACAGAAUUCAGAUAUAGGUAAUACGUUUUACGACAGCUCCGGAAUAUCGUGGGAGUUUUUACGUCGCCGCUGUCAUAUUUGAGGUAAAUUGUUUAUAUUUUUUAAACAAAUUAACAUGAGCGGAUGUUGUUGACAUUAUUAUGACGGCCAUCUUUUAACUGGCUUCAUUACGGCUAACACCUAGAAUAUUAUAAGUGUUGGUUUGAUUGCAUUCCACUCCAUUAAAAUUUAUUAAUAGACUUAAUAUAAAAUGUGUGAGACGGUAAGAGAAGUCAUGUAGCUCUAAUCACUAACAUAAAUAGUUAAUUCGAUCUCUAAUUGAGUUUAAAAGCUAUAAAAGGCUUUAUAAUUUGCACAAAAUAUCAUCCAUAACUUUCAUAUUGUUCAGUAAUGUGUUGAUGUUCAAAUACAAAAAACAUUAUGAGUAAUAUACAAAAUCAUAAGAACGUUAAAGUUAUUUUCAUAAAAUAAUUUAGCUAUAUCUUUCCGAGCGAGGCGAGCGUAAAUGAUUAUAAACGUGAGUAACAGUCGUGUAGGUUGGAACAUACGUAGUCAUUUCAAAUAAUCAAAAGAGGGGAAUGUUUAUGUCUGUCGAAAGAUCGUUAUUUUUUACGCGGUAAUAAAUGAAGUAACGAGCGACUUACAUGCAAUGUGCACGCGUACUCACGACCACUGUGGCGGUACUGCAGUACCAGGGCGGCAGAAACAUGCUGCAGGUGACAUUAUCCAGCUUAUAAUUCCUUUUUGCUUACGUUCGUUGCGGCUUUAUUUUAUGGUCCUCUGACCAAAGGGUUUCAACAGGGUCAUGAUAUUUUAUAGAAAGGUUUUCUUAUCGCCCAUUUUAUGACUACAGCACUCUAGGGAAAAUAUACUGUUUCAUUUACAUUAUAGAAAUCAAUCUCUAGGAAAAUGUAGAGAAUGAUCGAGUUACAGAAAUAACAGACGUUUUCAAAUGAUAUUCUUCAUAUUUCCAGUGAGUGAAGGCAAUAUUGAAAUAAUAAUGUAAUAGCGCUAUUGUGUAACCAAGAGAAUAAACAUUGUGAAAGCGAUUAUAUUGAUUAAGUUUCGUACAAGGAGCGCAGAGGCCGAAGGAGCCAACAACGCUUUUACAUAGUUUUGCUGGUUUUAGUACGUUUUUGCAUCGAUGUUGCAAAAAGUUUUACACCAUGGUUUAAUUUGCUAGUUCCAGGCCAAAUGUGUUGCUUUUAAUGCUCAGUAAGUAUCCUAUUCAAACUAAUUUCCUAAAUAGGAAGAAAAAAAAAACAUCAAGAAAACCGCACAUUCAUUAAAAAUAUUUAAGCUCUAAGUAAAGUAACUAAAUUGUAUAAGAAAACUGUUAUAAACAAAAUUAUUAUAACGACACCUAACAAAACUGUUUUUUUGACAAAGCUUUGCCUUUCAAUGCGUCCUCAUUUGUUUGUACAUUACUUUAAUCUCUACAUCACACAAGGGGAAACGUAUACAUUAAAUCCAAUAAAAAUUAAAAACAUAACAAUAAAAAAAUCAAAUGUACCGCAACAGUAAUCCAUCACAAAAGGAUUAUCAUAUGCGAGGAUAAAUUAUAUUUGUAUAAUGAAACUUUAGCUUCGCGUAUGCUUAAGUUUUAUAACUUUAGUAUAACCUGAACACGCUCCCAUCACAUGCUAUGCCCCAUUGUUACUGGAAAUCUGGUUUAGGAGAGAGUAGAUAAUAUAACAAAGCAUAAAUACCCUAGGUAAUACCGUAUACGCAUACCAAACUAUAUUGUAACAAGUUUAAACUUUGAAAGAGUACCUGAGAAUGCUAUUACUGUUGUUAAUGUUUCAGAAUAUUAGUUUAUUAUAAUAGUGAGGCCGAGCGCAGUAAAAUAGAUCUUGAAUAUUUUCCACCGUAAUACUUCGAAUGAGUUUAAACACUUUAAGGUUUAUUUCUAUAAUUAAACAACUGCUCUUUAUGUGGUCUGUAAUUGUUUUACUCACAUUUCAAAGAUCCCUAAUUGACCACCAUAAUAGGACAAAACGCGCAAUGUUAUAAGUUCAAAAUGAGACAAACACGAUCAUAAUCUAUGUUGUUGCUUUUGUUCAUUGAAUCGAUUAUCCCACGCGCUCGGAUUAUUUCUUGUAGCCUACUUAUCAUCGUGCCAAUCUUAUCGAAUAUAAAUAUCGAUUCUACUAUACUAAUAGCUUAUACAGUGCAUAAACAGAUGAAAAAGUUACUUGAUAAAUGCUAUCUAAACGGUAUAAAUGUGCCAGAACAAUCUUCUGCAGUUAAAAUAAAUAAUGAAUACAAAGACGUGCAAUUCAAAGAAGUUUCAACAUUUCAUAGAGAACAAAAGAAUUGAGAAGAAACGGCGAGUGAUUCCCGCAGCUCGGCGGUGCACUGUUUGUACAAGUUAUUAGCUAAGGCCCGUGGUGUUAUCUCCCGUGUAAAUUUAUGCAACAAUCUCAUCGAGGCGGCCGCGGGUUCGGGGUGUCAGCGAUAACAUGGAAUUGACACCGCGCCAUCAAUCACUUUGUAGUGAGUGGGCUGCUCGAGUGUACGGGUGUCGCGUUGCAGUUGUGGUUAUCGGCUACAAAUUGCUGUCGCUCCACUGAUUAACGAUGUACAACCCGUACAAUCCGUACAUAUACAUUUUAAUAAAAAAAGAUAAAUUAAUAAAGUCCAUUCAGCAGAUAUACAAAAUGAAUUUAAAGGUAACUUUAGCGGAGCAGCGACGACGUACUCCGCACAAUAACGCAUAAAGUAUUUAAAGCGAGAAAUAAAAUGGAAUCGCACAAUCCAAGCUAAGCCCGGGCCGUAACCAAUCAAAACGGAGGUACUCGAAUAGAAAUUGAUAAUAACGAUCGGGUAAUACUGUGUGGACAGGUUUACAAGUGAAGUAAAGGAUGUGACAAUCCCGCGUUUAAAAGUAAGCCCAUAUCGAUUAUAGUUUCCGGUAUCUGUGACGUUCCAUUGUGUGUAUUGUUGUCGCCGGGGCUGUGGAAGCCCGGCUUCAUCCGUCGCUAUAAGGUCGCUUCUCGGAAAGCCAGCUGGCGUGUCGUUCCCAACGCUCCCUGUCUCGCCGGGUUAAGAUUACAAUGUCAAUAGACGUUUCGGCUAUUGAAUCGCCCGCUCGGCUGGGAACUUGCGUCUUUUUUAAACAACAUUCUUUAGAUUACGAGUACUUAGCAAUUCUAUAGACGGUAUCUACGAAAUUUCGUGCAUCAUACUUCGCACAAGGUUUAGGUUAGAUAAGAAUUCCCAGAAUAUUAUCUAGUAGUGAUCAGUCUUACUUAGUAAUACUACUUCCUUUCAAAUUAUCAUUAUGACAUUUCUAUCCAUUUACUAUCAACGAACAGGUACAUUUGUAAAUCAAUAAGAUUGUCAUUACUUCUCCAGUACCCUUAGCUGUCGUAUUUUAUAGCAGUUCAAAGUUCUGUAGUUAAGGAUCUCAAAGUAUUCCAGUUGUGAGAGCGACUUUUGAAUAAUGCUUCAGUUUUUCUUAUUCAGUAAGUCUUCCUAUAACUCAAACAACAAAGAGCCGGCUGGAGAGAUCCUAACAAAAGAAUAUGAGAAAUAUCUGCGCCUCUACAAUCCGAACCGCAUCGCUACUUCGGUUAUAUUGGAAAAAUAUUUCUUGCUCGUCUCUUACACGGAUACCUAGUUAAAAUUUCUAUAAAAGACUUGAAUGUGUAAUAUUUUCGCUACAUUUUUAUAGAGAUAUUUUGAUAUGAAUGUAAUCUGUUAGUUUGCCGUGUUUAGUUGGGAUGAGGUAGACGGUGCCCAUUCAUAAUUUAAGUCUCAGAUGCUCUGAUUAAAUUUCUUCCGCUUCAGAGGUCCCUUUGUUGUCAGUAACUUCUAUUGCGACACAAAAGCACUCGUCUACGGCAGGAUAAUUUAUUUUAAAGAGUCCUCUGUCUUACAGAGACUUUUUCGACUUAUUACGCUGAAUUGUACUUUAAAGAUUGUUUUUCUCGUAAAAUAUGCUUCGUUUUAUUUCUCUUUUAUAUGCCUGUAGUUUUUUUCAUUUGUGAUAUUAAAUGCGAGAGCCUUUAUUUCUUUGAAGUAAUUUUCUUUCAAAGUAUGGCAAAGCAAGUGUUUCUUUUUCUUUUAAUGUUAUAUAGAAUCCUUAGGGAAUGAGUUCUGUUUUUCCGUCUGUAUCCGGUUUCUAUUCCACAUCGUUGGUUAUAAAAUUUUUGGUAGAGUUUAACACUCAGGGAGCGAUUUACGAGCAUAGGGCGAGCGUCGCGCGGCAUCUGCCUCUAAGCCACCAUUUUUAUUUAUUGACAGCUCGAUUUUGGCACCUGAACAAAUAAUAUUCUGAAGACAUGUUUCAAUUUAAUACUAAUGUCUAUUUUCAUAUUGGUAAAAUAGAAACUGAGAUAAUAACAAGUAAAUAAAACCUUAUGAAAAGGGAUUACAUAAUAGAAGGAAUUCCUAGAAUACCUAGUUCCUGUUUAAAAUUAAAAUAGGUACGUAUCAACUUUGUGCGGAUGUAGGCCUUACAUAUUUUUUUUAUCUUUUUCAAACAAAAUAACCAUUACUUAUGUGUAAUAUCAACUAUAUCAAGUUUAUCGAUCACGUUGACCAAAACGGCUCUUAAGCAAAACGGAAAUGAACGGUAUGCGGACGUCGCCACCGCACCGCUAACGCUCCGUGUGGUCUCAACUCGUAGGUUUUAAGUGGCUAAUUCAUGUGAACCACUAAUGAAUACCACGUAAAAGCCGUAACGACAACCUGACCAUCUCAAUUUUGAUUAUUUAAAAGCAAUUCAUUGAAAUAAUUUAUUUGUUACCAACGAGCUCUGUAGCUCGCCAUAAAACGCUUUGUAAUUAUCCGUUUGUUUAAAGAAUGUAUUACACAAAUAAACUUUACGAUUCCAACGUUUAAACAUAACUUUUUAUUAUCUCACAUGGUUUCUUGAACGCACACACAGGAAAAAAUGUUUUAUCACCACCUACCGCGCGCCCGUGAACGAGCACGCGGUCUCAUUACAUGGUGUUCAAUAAUUUGUCCAUUAAGGCCGUCAGUGGUCGACGUGAUCCAUCAUUACAACACAGUAGGUGUGUCGGGCACGGAGCGCUACGCCAGUCUCAAACCAGGAUCGCUACCGGGAUGCCAGCGUGUCUAGUGAUAGUGCAUUGAGGUCGUGUCGGUACCUAGCAUAGUGUUAGUGUAACUAUAGUGCAUCAAAGUGCUGAAUGGAUUGUGUCUCUUUUGGAUUGCCAUCGAGAGUCAUCGUUAGACCAACUUGGGAACGGGCUACAAUGGUGUGUGCGUGUGCGGGGCAGCGGGGGGCGGGCGCGGGCAGCCGGCGCGCAUGGCGGCGCCAAUGAGGGAGGGCGCGCCGGCCGGCGGAGCUCGCCCCGCGCCCCACGCGCACCCCGCCAACUUCGAGUACGAUGACAACGAGUGGGACAUCGGCAUCGGCGACCUCAUCAUAGACCUCGAUGCCGACAUAGAGAAGACCGACGAGGCGGGCGGCAUGGCGGCGCGCGCCGAACCUGACGCGCAGCGCACCGCGCUCAAGAUGAAGAUCAAGCGCACCAAGCCUGGCACCAAGAGCUCCGAAGCCAAGCACGAGAUCGUCAAGUCGAACGAAAUGAACGGUGAGCCCAAGUCGACGGUGCCCGCGCAAGCCGCGCCGCCCGCCGCCGCCAAGCGAGGGUCCGGAGGACACCGCCGCGACAAGGCGCGAGACAAGCAUCACCACCCGCACCCGCCGCACGACGUGAACGGCGUGGCGCGCGUGCCGCCGCCGCCCAACGCACCCGGGCCGCCUGCGCCGCCGCCGCCGCACACGCCCGCGCUCUCCGCGCCCGCGCCGCACGCUCCUCACGCGCCGCACGCGCCGCACGCCAAGCCCGAGCCCCGGCCCGCGCCCGCGCCGCGCAUGGACAGCAAGCCCCCCGCGCCCGCGCCCCCGGCGCCGGCCACACCCGCCCCCGCGCCCCCGCCGGCGCCGGCGCCGGCGCAGCACGCGCAUCAUACUUCGCAUGCCCCGCAUGCGCCCUCAACCCCUUCCAAACCUGAACCUGACGACUCACGGCAAGAAACGCACAGUUCGCAGCCUCCACCAGCCAAAAAACAAAAAACUGAAAAUAAGGAAACAGCAGAAGUGUGCGUGGGCACGUCUGUGGGCACCAUUACGGAGCCGGACUGCCUCGGCCCCUGCGAGCCUGGUACCUCGGUCACGCUGGAGGGCAUCGUGUGGCAUGAGACGGAAGGUGGUGUACUAGUAGUGAAUGUGACGUGGCGAGGGAAGACUUACGUAGGAACCUUACUGGACUGCACGCGACACGACUGGGCGCCGCCACGGUUUUGCGAUUCUCCUACGGAAGAGUUAGAUACACGGACGCCGAAAGGUCGAGCGAAACGUGGCCGUGGCGCGGCGCCGACCGACAUGACAAACUUCACCGAGACGCGGUCCUCGGUCCACAGUAAGCUACGCAACGGAGGCGCCAAGGGACGAAGAGCCCUGCCCUCCCCUACGCCGUUCACACCUCCCAGACCUGACUCGAAAAGAAAACGCACUUCGGAUGCAGAAGAGCGCCCUCCGACGCCGAAAACGAAGCGUCCGCCCCCCACACCGUCUUCCCCUCCACCUGAUCCCGUCCUCCUCGAAUGUCCAGAGCCCAACUGCUCGAAGAAGUACAAGCACGCGAACGGUCUGAAGUACCAUCGGUCGCAUGCGCAUGGCUCGCCUGAUGACGACGACAAGGACGGCUCGAGUUCAGAGCAGGAAGAGCCGGCGACGGAGCCCGCGUCGCCAGCCCGGCCGCCGUCCGCGCCUGCGACGCCAGCCACGCCUGUCAAGUCACCUACUCCGGCGAAAUCCCCUGAUGCUAAGGUGGACAAGUCGCCGGAGAAGUCCCCAGAGAAGCCGGAAGCGGAGGCGGGGUCCCCUCAGCAGCCACGGUUCCCAGAGGAGUUCGGGCCGGCGUCCGAGCCGCCUGCGCCCGCCGACCGGCCGCAGACACCGCCGCAGCCGCCCGCCACGCCGCCUGACGCGCUUCCUACGCUACAACCUACUCAGUUUAAGGUGAAGCCCCGCUCUGCUCUCAUGGCUGAGGAACGGAAGUCAACGGAGUCUCCAGCGGAGGAGUCACCGGGCAAGCGGCGCGGGCGGCGCUCCCCGACGCCGGGCGUGCGCUCCCCGGCCUACUCCGACAUAUCGGACGACGCUGCGCCGCCGGACCAGCCGCCGGAGGACCCCGCGCACAGACCCUUCCCGGUUUAUCAUCAGUACUACGGACAGCCGUCUUACAUGCCUCCUACACAUCCUCCCACUGCGCCGCCUCAGUCUGCUGACAAGGGCAAGGAGGACCUCUCUAAGGGAGACCCUAAGGCUGACCUUAAAGACGGCAAACCUGACAACGGUCCUCAAAAAGUGUUACCUCAACACUUCUACCCUUACAACUACGUUCCUAACUUCCCUUAUAACGUCGAGGCGGGUGGACCUCCACCUGGUCCCCCCUUAGAAGACAAGAGCAAAGACUCGGACCGGUCGAAAACGACGCCUAGUCCACUAGAUAAGAGCAAACAGAGGCCUCCGGAUGGGAAGGAGAACCCAGCGAGACCGAAUGACAACCAUCAGAUAUUAAAGGAGAGCAUUGAAAUGAAGGCGCAGAUGGGAUCGUACGCCUUCCAGAGACCACCAAAUGCGAGGGAAGAGGAAUUAAGAAGAUACUACAUGAGUUUAGAUCAGAGAAGGAAAGAGGGGGCCGGCGACGGGAAGCCCCCCGGGCUGGCGGCGGGCGCGAGCGGGGGCCCGGCGCGGCCGCCGCCGCAGCCCGCGCACAAGCAGCCCCCCAAGGACAAGGACGAUAAGCCCAAGGACGACGUCAAGGUGAAACAGGAGGGUCAGAAGCCGACAACAGAGACGCAAGGCCCCCCUCCGCCGCCGACCUCGCAGUACUACCUGCCGCCGUACAUGCAGCCGCCGCACUACGGCGCCCUGCCCUUCGACCCGGUGUACCGCGCGCCGCUCAGCCCCAUGCUGGUGUCGGGCUUCGCCAGCGGCUGGAGCGUGCCCCGCUACCACGCGCCCGAGGACCUGUCGCGCCCGCCGCAGGGCAAGCUGGACCUGCUGCCCGGCGUGGGCCCGCCGCCGCCGCCGCACCCGCCCAACUUCGCGUACGGCGGCCCGCCGCACAAGAUACAUGAGCUGCAGGAGCACGCGAAGUCCCCGCAGAACAAGCCGCGCGCAGACGCGCCUAAGGAGCCGGCGCCGUCGCCGCGCUCGCCGCGCUCGCCGCCGCCGCAGCGACACGUGCACACGCACCACCACACGCACGUCGGGCUCGGCUACCCGCUCUACCCGCCGCCAUACCCCGCGGCGGCCGUGCUGGCGAGCACGCAGGCCGUCGUCAACUCGUUCCCGACGCCGCCCAAAUGAGAGGCGCCGCCGCGCCGCGCCGCGCCGCCGCCUCGCGAAGUGCCACUAGCCAUAAUGAAACACUGUGAUCUCGCGUAACCCACGAUGUGUAUGUGAUGUGCGCUUUGAAUGUUAGAGAAUGUGUCCGGACAUAGUUACCUUAUAGUUGCGAGUGUUGUGUUCUCAGGACCGUGAUGUUGUGAACGUUGUGCGAGGCGGGCGCGCGAGGACGUCGCGCUCGCCCGCAAUACCCUGUUUUAUAUGUUUACUAGUGGAAGCACAAACUAGUUUUGUACAUAUUAGUGUUAUGUGUAAAGUACCCUACGAUUGUUAGUGUUCCAUAAGGGUUAUGUAAUAUAAACAUCGAAUUUUCCGAUUCUCCCUCUGGGCAUUGUACUGAUGUUUGAAGCCCCGUGUCUAAAAUGUAUAUCAUUGCGAAUACAGCCUAGUAAGAUCUUUAUUUAUGAUAUCUGCAUUCCACAAAACGAAAGCGAGCGUAUCUAGUUUUAAAGUAUAAUGUUAAUUAAGAUUUAAGUAAUUUAGGGUAAGUUUAAAGGCGUCAAUGUGAUCAUUACAAUAUGAGUCGUAGCGUGCACAAAUCGUACUCUGUCUCGAUAUAGUGAAGAAUGACUUAUUAUUAUAUAAUGUAGAGAGCAUCCUAUAGAUUCGUGGAGUGUGUGGACAUCGCUGUCCGUGUAUGUAUGUCUGGCUUUUAAUCAUAACUGUAAAAAUCUCAUAGUCCGAUAUUGUCAGAUGCAAGGGAUUAGGGUUUCUGUACUGCACAAUAGGUAACGAGUGUUCUCCUGUGUUCGACGACAAUAUUAUUUCCAUGCAUUUAAAGUACCAUUGACUUCCUGAUAGAUUGACUCGCCGUCUGUUGGCGAGACUGAAUCUAUCAAUUGUUUCAUAAAGUAGUCUUCCAAUUGGUUAACUUGGGGAAAUCUUAAUUGUGUUGAUGCAACUAUUUUGUAUUUUAUAUUAAGUGACGAUAUGAUUGUUAUUUAAUUUGUAACUGUACACACUGCGGGUAUCGUGUGGCGACGAUUCGAGUGAACGAACCAUGUCGAUUGCAUUUCAAGUUUAGUAGAGAAACAUUUAUAAACACAUUUUAGAGAAUUACAUAAAAAAUAUUUGUAGUAAUAUGGUAUUAUUUUCAUGACAUUUUAGUCAAUGUACGCGCGUACCUGUUUCAUAAUAAAUUAUCAAAAAAAAAACAAUAUUUUGUAGAAAUUGCGGGGCCUAAAUACCUAAGUUUAUAUGGUGUAAGUGAAUCAUGUUUGUGACGAGGAAUUUUUGAAAACCAGUGACUUUUAUUCUCUUGUUAUAAAAUACUGUUGCUUAAAAGCAAAAUGUCUACUUACGUAAUAAUUAAAAAUUGCAUAAAUAAUUGAUGCGCUACUCGAUGGCAGUUGAUUGUGACUUAUCAAUGUUAAUUAAUCUUUAUGAGAGGUUAAUAAUAACAUGGUAGAGACAAACAGAUACCGCGAACACAUAAUCACAAUCAACAAUAUUUAAACUCUUUCGAAUACUUCAAAUUGAAAACAAACCUUGUUUGAAAGUCACAUUCAUGAUAAGUUGAUAUAUUUUCAAUGGAAUUUAAAAUUUAUGUAGUCACUAUGUUUUGCUUGUUGGAGAAUAUUUUAAUCUUAAUUGGGUGAUUAAUUGAUGUGAGAAUGUAAAGCUAUACAUAAUAAACUGUACACGAGCAUAAGGUGUUCUAGAGUGUGGGCCUGCUGACAACAGCUCCUUGAGAAGCGACGAGCUCAAGACCGUGAUAAUCAGCUGUGAUUAACGCAAACUUAAUAUCUGUGCUAGUAACCAUCGGAGCGUUAUGUUGAUUUGUAAAUUAUAUGAAGAGGCUCGUGCACUGUCACCGCUCUGUAUUCAGUUAGGGCUUAGUAGCAGUAUGCGGUAUCUCGCGAUACGAGGCAAAUGUUUUAGGUAAUAACCGAGAUGCGAUCGUUUAGUAAAUUGAGCGGGCAUGCGAUGCACUGCAUGGUACGUGUGUCGCGGGCCGCUACCGGAGAGCAGGGCAGGCUGCCGCCAGCUGAUCUCAGACGCCAAGCGCUCGGUGCACUGUCGACGCAUAGACUGAUCGAUCUUUUCGUUUUAACCCCGUUCGACCACGAACAUUAUUACGCUUUCAUUCAUUUUGUACCAGUGGCGACUUGGUAUAAAACAUGAUCAUUGUAUUUAUAAUGUAUCGAUAUAUAUAAAUGAACAUUUGUGUAUUUUUUUUUUUGAUGUAACUAAAGCCAAGUUUGAUUUUACUUAGAAAAGAAUUCGAGACGUUGAAAAAAGGAAUAAUAAAGAUAAAUUAUUUCUU